UGUUCUUCAUUUGGAGAUGGCGGCCCCCGAGUUUCCCGUGAGUGCCUUCCUGUUUGCGUUGCUCCUUUGUUCCGUGGCUAGUUACCCCAAUGGAAAAGUCACAAUGUCCUGCGGGGGGAUGACCCCCCAACAUGGCCACAGCCCACAGUCUGAGCCUGUUCACCAAAUCACAGUGAGUCAGAUGAAGUUCAAACCCGGAGACCAGAUUCAAGUUACUGUAUCAGGGCCGCCAUUUAGAGGCUUUCUCUUAGAAGCUCGUGAUGCCGAGGAUUUGAGUGGUCCUCCUCUUGGCUCCUUUACAUUGAUUGACAGUGAAUUGUCGCAGCUUCUGACUUGUGAAGAUGUACAGGGUUUCGCUGUGAGUCAUACGAGCUCAUCCAAGAAGACAGAAGUUAAAGUAUACUGGAACGCUCCAAGCAGUGCCCCAAAUCACAUACGAUUUCUAGCCACAGUUGUUGAGAAGUAUAAGAUCUACUGGGUGAAGAUUCCCAGUCAUGUCAUUUCACAACCAAAUGCUCCUCCCUUUACGACACCUGAAGCCACAGCCCGACCGUUGACAACAGCACCUUCUGUCGCCCACUUAACCAAGCCAUUCAGUGCCUCCGAGUGUGGGAACACGAAGUUCUGUGUCAGGAGUCCUUCGAACUGUGAUCCAGAGAACGAGCCGGCCUGCGUCUUCUUGUCCUUCACCAGAGAUGACCAGUCGGUGGUGGUCGAAAUGAGUGGUCCCAGUGAAGGCUACCUGUCCUUUGCAUUUUCUCGUGACCGGUGGAUGGGUGAUGACGAUGCUUACUUGUGCAUUCGUGAAGACCAGACAGUGUACAUACAGCCUUCCUAUUUGACAGGGCGAAGUUAUCCUCUGAUGGACUCCAGGGGGACUCUCAAGGAUAUGGCCUGGAGGCUGGCGGAUGGCGUCAUACAGUGUUCAUUCAGAAGAAACAUCACCCUGCCUGGGCUUAGGAACAGAUUCGUGUUAAACGAAAGCUACUACAUCUUCCUAGCGGAAGGUGCUGCCCAUGACGGCCGAAUUUUUAGGCACUCUCAGCAACCUUUGAUAACAUACGAAAAAUAUGAUGUGACAAGCACGCCAAAGAACGUAGGGGGGUCCCACUCGUCACCCCUUUUAAAGGCUCAUGGUGCCUUAAUGUUUGUGGCAUGGAUGACCACAGUUAGCAUAGGAGUGCUGGUUGCCCGGUUCUUCAGAUCUGUGUGGUCCAAAGCUUUCUUCCUCGGCGAAGCAGCUUGGUUUCAGGUGCAUCGGAUGCUCAUGCUUGCGACAUCUGUGCUCACCUGCAUUGCCUUUGUUCUGCCUUUUGUGUACAGAGGGGGCUGGAGUCGGCGCGCAGGCUACCACCCGUACCUCGGCUGUACGGUGAUGACUUUAGCUGUCCUUCAGCCUCUGCUGGCCACCUUCAGACCAUCUUUACAUGACCCGAGGAGGCAAGUGUUUAACUGGACUCACUGGAGUGUGGGGACAGCUGCUAGAAUAAUAGCAGUGGCAGCCAUGUUCCUAGGAAUGGAUUUACCAGGAUUGAAUCUCCCCAGUCCACAGAAGACCUAUGCCAUGAUGGGGUUUGUGGUCUGGCACAUUGGGACGGAGGUGCUUCUGGAGAUCCAUGCUUAUCGGCUCUCUCGAAAAGUUGAAAUAUUGGAUGAUGAUAGAAUUCAGAUCCUUCAGUCACUAACUGUCGCUGAAGCAGAGGGCCAUGUUUUUAAGAAAGCGGUGUUGGUGAUUUAUAUAUGUGGGAAUCUGACUUUCCUCAUGAUAUUCUUAUCUGCAAUCAACCAAGUAUGAGCAAGCAAAGACUGUUUUAUUGUGGGCCUGGAUCAUAAUCAUCAAAACAAGGAGACCCGGAGCUUGUGCUGACUACCAGGAAUGUGUUUUAAUUCGGAAGACCCAUGGGCAUUUCUAAAGAGGAAUUCUAAAGUCUGGUUUAUCCAGAUUAUAUUCAGCCAGGCCAUACCAGCCUGUGCACUGAUGUCAAUCAAGCCUUUGUGUGUUACUGCAUCUUAAAAGGAACAUUGUACUCCAGAUGACGUGACUCUCAACAUCCCAUGCCAUAUUUAAAACAGUUAACUAGAAUGAUUAACAAAUGAAGAG